AUGACGACAGCAGACCCAACGACUACACUCCAACAACAACAGAAAACAACAACAACAACAACAGCAACACCAACAACAACUACAACAUCUACCCCAAGCACCACCCCCGUUUAUGCAACCACCACGCCUAGCCCCUGUGUCCCUAAUCCGUGCUUCAACAGUGCUACGUGUUCCUUUCUCGGUGGAGUAGUUACCUGCACUUGUCUGACUGGAUUUUCCGGACCGAAAUGCAAUGUUCUGACUUCGGCUGGGACCAUCUCUAUUGUACUCAACCGCUUGAAGAAUGUCACUCUUGCAGAAGACCAGGCAGAAGAAAUAUCGAAAAGCGUGUUAGGUGCCACCAGUUCCCUCGUGACUUCCAUGUCGUCUGUCUCAUGUGAGGGUCAGGUUACGGACAACAUUUGCCAGCAAGACAAUCUGCAAAACUUCAUAGAAGACGUAGAGACCAGCAUAUUCUCUGUCGCAGAAGUGGUUGCAGAGACAGGUGACAAUACACACAACAACACAGUCAUCAGGUCGGUUCGACAAAGUUCCGGAAGACAAUCUGCACGAUCUGUACGCGCAUGUCUCGGGUUCGACCCUACAAGAGAAGACUGUGUCCAGCUCAGACAUCGUGGUCCAGAUGAAUGGAGACGAAGUCCAGCUGCAGGUGUUCAACGCCCAGACUCACGGGAAGGUGCUUUAUCUCUCUGCAUUUCGUCAGUCGACCCGUCAGGACAUGUGAAGUUCACGUCCAACUUCUUCGGUUCCUUCUCGCUCAGUCAAAUGGUUAUCUUACCCAACACCAUCGACUUCAGCGCCCUCUUCGCCAACUUUUCCGACCGGCUCAAAGACAGUCCUUACGUGUUGGCCUUGAACUUGCUCAUUUUGGCCUUGACCGUCCUAGGGGUCAUGUUAGUGAGGAGAAUGGAUAAAGCAGAUUACAGCGCGUGGUCCUAUCUGCCCCUUGUAGGGAACAAGCAAACAGACCAAUGGCAUUACGCCGUGUCUGUGUAUACUUCUAUGGGCUCUGUCCCGCGAUUGGACGCCCUCCCCUACUGUGUUUUGAUUGGUCAGUAUGGACAGACUCCGCCCACACUCUUGUACGAUGGCGUCAGAGAG